AGCAUUUCAUUAUACUUACAACUAUAUCAACAUAUGAAGAUGAAAGAAGCAAUGUUAUGUUCACUAAUUGUUCUAGGAUUUGUAGGAUUUGUGACUAUGAAAAAUACUGUCCCUUUGAAAUCACUUAUCUGCUAUCAAGCCCAAGAUCUAUUAUCACCAUGCCAACCAUUUUUGCUGGGUUGUAGAGAAAAUAUUACAGCAGAGUGUUGUCAAGGUUCUCAAAUUUUGGCUAGUCUUGUGAAUGAUAGUACAAUUGAUGAUAUUAAAGACUUAUGCAAGUGUCUUCAGAAAACUGGAAAUUCUUCUACAAUUGAUGUUAAAAAGGGAAGAAAACUUUUUAAGGUUUGUAAGAUCAAGAGAGUUCCUAUUGGUCCAAACGUGGAUUGUGAUAGUAUUCACAAUAUGGACAGCAUGCAGUAUUCACAAUAUGGACUCCCAAAUUGAGAUUUGAGAAGAAAGUUCAUCAAGUUAAUAAAGUAUUAGUAUUACUUAUAAUGUGAAGUGUAUUUCUAUUAGUAAACAUAUUUCCUUCCUACUCUUGCUUUAGCUUAAGUUUUGUAUCUUCAUAUAUUCACUUAAGUUUGUAUCAAGAAGUGUAUUAUCAAUGCCUAUAUAUAUGAAAUGUAACAAAUAUUA